CAACUCAUUUAAAAGGCAUAAUUUCUUGUUUAGAGUUUUAGAUCAAGUUCAUUACUAUCGCAGAGAUAGCGAAAAUGAUGUUUACGAAUAUUGUGUUUGUUAUUAUUGCUAUAACGUUUGUAAAAGGAUUGCCCAGCAAUGACACGUCUUAUGAUGAUAGCGGUAGUGAAAAACUGCCAGCAGGAUGCCACUACAGUGAUCCAAAGGUGGCCGAGUGUAUCCAGCGCGUGGUAGAACAGGCGAGGCAUAUUCUGGCGCAUGGGGUUCCAAGUCUCAACAUACAACGUUUGGAACCCCUUAAAAUACCAAGCCUCAGACUUCGACAACACAAUAUGCCCGCCAACGGCUUCAAAUACGAUGCCUGGCUGUCUGAAGUUACCUUAAGGGGACUUACCAAUUACAGUUUUAAUAAUUUGGAUGUGUACCCAGAAGAUUUAAAGGUGACUGCCAACAUCAGUCUACCUUUGUUGCUAAUGAGCGGGGAGUACAUGAUUAUAGGAGAGUUCCAGAUGCUUCCAGUUGAGUCAAUAGGAAAAAUGACCUCGAACUUCUCGAAAUGUACAGCGUCGCUGGAGGUGCUUGGAGCUCGUCUUCACAAAAGAAUGGUGAUACGUGACUCGACAGUACGGCUUAUUUGUAACGGACCAAUUGAGGCCAAUUUGGUGGAAGCGCAUUCGACUACCGGUGAAAUGGAGAUGAUCACCAACCACAUAGUGAGCAUGCACUCGGCAGAUCUUGCGCAAGAGAUAAAGCCGGCUGUAGAGACAGCCCUCGCCAUGGUGUUGGAGGAUAUUGCCAAUAAGUUCCUCAAGCAAAUACCAUCCGAAAUGGUGUUUCCCAACUAGCUGUGUUUGUUUGACAAAUGUUGAUUGCUUAAUUCUCAUUGAGAAAAGAUGUGUAAUGCGUAAUAAUAUGUUAAUUUUGUGUAGGGAUAUUAUUUAUUGUAGUUAAAUGUUAAACUUGAAAAACACUAUGUAUUACUUAAAUGUACUUAUAAAUAUCAAGGCUAUAAAAUGUUUAAACAAUCUAUAAAUAAAUGUUUUUGUAAUAACAAUU